AUGAACGACCAAGCGGCUGACACGUCACAGCGCGAGAGGUCUCGCUCCCCACGUCGAGGAAGAUCUAGAAGCCCUGGACGCUCGGGUCGUCGCCGAUCCUAUUCUCGCAGCCGUUCCCCCAGCCGGGACAGGGACGAUUACCGCAGGACGAAUCGACGUUCGUCGCGCUCUCCUAUGACUGGCGCCGGGGCUCCAUCGGGAGGAUCUGGUCAGGGUUUCGGGGGUCCGCCUCAGCGCAGCUACGAGGAGCGACAAGCUGCACGCGAACAGAUGAUGAGCAACAUCCGAGAGACGUCCCAACAGGACCGCCGCGUCUACGUCGGCAACCUGUCCUACGACGUCAAGUGGCAUCACCUCAAGGAUUUCAUGCGACAGGCUGGAGAGGUGCUCUUUGCCGAUGUUUUACUGCUUCCCAAUGGAAUGUCGAAGGUGGGCGUCUAUACUAUUGUGGAAUAUGCUACGAGGGAUCAAGCCCAAAAUGCGGUCGCGACACUCAGCAACCAGAACCUCAUGGGCAGACUCGUCUACGUCCGCGAGGAUCGUGAGGCCGAGCCCCGAUUCAGCGGAGCCCCCUCAGCUGCCAACCGCGGCGGCGGCGGCUUCGGCGGCGGCAUGCAGGGAGGCUACGGAGGUGGUGGCUAUGGCGCAGGAAUGAUGGGCGGCGGCGGCGGCGGCGGCGGCGGUGCCGGUCGCCAGAUCUACAUCUCCAACCUUCCGUACACCGUCGGCUGGCAGGACCUUAAGGAUCUUUUCAGACAAGCAGCUCGCAACGGCGCCGUGAUUCGCGCCGAUGUACAUCUUGGACAAGAUGGUCGACCCAAGGGUUCCGGUAUUGUCAUGUUCGAGCACCCUGACGACGCGCGCAAUGCCAUUCAGCAAUUCAACGGCUACGAUUGGCAAGGUCGCCAGCUUGAGGUGCGCGAAGAUCGAUUCGCUGGAGGCGGUCCCGGCAUGGGCGGCGGCUUCGGCGGAGGCUACGGCGGCCGCGGCGGCUUCGGUGGCCGCGGUGGCUUCGGCGGCUACGGUGGUCGAGGUGGCUUCGGUGGAGGUCGCGGAGGCUUCGGUGGCUACGGCCGAGGUGGAUACGGUGGCGGCGGACCCCCUGGCGGAGCCGGCGGGCCCGGUGGAUACGAUGCUGGUGGUGCUCCGGCUGCGCCAAACCCGUUCACCGACUAUGCCACUGCUGGCACCGACCCGAACGAGAUCAUCUACGUCCGCAAUCUGCCUUGGUCCACUAGCAACGAAGACCUAAUCGAGCUGUUCACCACCAUUGGCAAGGUCGAGCAGGCCGAGAUCCAGUAUGAACCCAGCGGCCGCUCCCGCGGUACUGGCGUCGUGCGGUUCGACAGCACCGCAACGGCCGAGACUGCCAUCUCCAAGUUCCAAGGCUAUCAGUACGGAGGCCGACCGCUUGGACUCAGCUUCGUCAAGUAUCUUACACCCGGCGCCGCCGGCGGCGGGGGUGACGCCAUGGACACGGACUCUCACGGGGGUUUGACGCAGGAUCAGAUAAUGUAA